CUUCGCCAGGAGCCGACCCUCCGCUCGGCCGGCGUCCGCCCGCGAGCAUAGGCAAGACGCUCUGAGAGCGCGGGGGGCCUGCCGAGGAUGGAUCUGAAAGUUUGAAUAAGAAUUUUUAUCGCUUCCCUUUUCCCCUGUUCCCGCUCCAGUGCGGUUCAGUCCCUUCCCCCAUCUUCCCUUGGCAGGUUUAUUUUUUUCCCUUCAUAAUUUUUUUUUUUUAAUCCGCUGGGUGAGGUUGGAUUUUUUUAUUAUUUUAUUUUAUUUUACUUGGUUAUACUAAAUUCUACCGCCCGUAGGGACUGGUGUUCUCGGGCGGCCGCUGCUAAGCGCCACCCCGACCCGUGGGGCUGCCAUGGAUCGCACCGGCGGCUCUGGUGGAGGCAGCGACUGCAGGCAGACUGAGGAGAGCAAGCCGAUGCUGGGGGAGAUGUCUGCUCCCGAAGUGAAUAAAAUAGGUGCCGCGCCGUGCCGGAGAGCCCUGCUCCACCGCAACGGCAUGAGGUACAAGCUGCUGCAGGAGGGGGACAUCCAGGUGUGUGUCAUCCGGCACCCCCGGACGUUUCUCAGCAAGAUCCUCACUUCGAAGUUCCUGCGGCGGUGGGAGCCGCACCACUUGACUCUGGCGGACAGCAGUGUUACCUCGGCCACGCCAGCUGGGUACAUGGAAAACUCCAUUUCCUACAGUGCUAUUGAAGAUGUUCAACUGCUCUCCUGGGAGAAUGCCCCUAAGUACUGUUUACAGCUCACAGUCCCUGGGGGUACUAUCUUACUGCAGGCUGCAAACAGUUACCUGCGGGAUCAGUGGUUCCAUUCUUUGCACUGGAAGAAGAAGAUUUACAAGUACAAGAAGGUGCUCAGUAACCCCAGCCGCUGGGAGGUGGUGUUGAAGGAGAUCAGGUCACUGGUGGACAUGACGCUGACAUCUCCGCUUCAGGAUGACUCCAUUCACCAAGCACCACUUGAGAUUGUCUCAAAGCUGUUCUCAGAGAACAACUUAACCACUCAAGACCAUGAGAACAUUAUUGUGGCAACUGCACCUUUGCUGGAAAACAACCAUCCUCCUCCUGACCUCUGUGAAUUCUUCUGCAAGCACUGCCGAGAGCGCCCGCGGUCCAUGGUUGUGAUAGAAGUGUUCACACCAGCAGUACAGAGGAUUCUCAAACACAACAUGGAUUUUGGGAAGUGCCCUCUGUUGCGGCUGUUUACUCAGGAGUAUAUUCUGGCUUUGAAUGAGCUGAAUGCUGGAAUGGAAGUGGUGAAGAAUUUUAUUCAUAGCAUGCAUGGUCCAACUGGACAAUGCCCCCAUCCCAGAGUCCUGCCAAAUAUUGUAGCCGUCUGCUUAGCAGCCAUUUAUUCAUGUUACGAGGAAUUUAUCAACAGCCGAGACAAUUCACCGAGCCUGAAGGAAAUCAGGAAUGGCUGCCAGCAGCAAUGUGACCGAAAGACUAAUCUGCCACUCCGCCUUCUUCACACAAGUCCUGACCUGGUCUCUCAAGAGGCCAUCUUGACUAAAUCCUGUCUCAAACCAGUUAUUGUCACUUCAAAUGAAAUUCAUGUGGAAGUGGAGUACAACAACACAGCUAAUCAGAAGAUGAUAGCCAACGUUGGCAAUGACAGUGAGUCCAACCUGAUUGACUGCUUGAUGGUCAGUCCUACCUGCAGCACCAUGAGCAUUGAGCUGAGUGCCCAGGCAGACAGGAUCCUUGGAUGUUAUGUUGAAAUACUCAAGAUGCUGUCAGAUUAUGAUGACUGGAGACUAGCCCUGGCCAGCUUGCUUCAACCUAUCCCAUUUCCCAAGGAGACUCUUGCACACAAGAAAUUCACAAAGGAGCUGAAAUAUGUGAUUCAGAGAUUUGCAGAAGACCUGAGGCAAGAAGUCCACUCAUGCUUGCUGAGUGUGCGGGCUGGCAAGGAUGGCUGGUUCCAGCUCUACAGCCCUGGAGGAGUGGCAUGUGAUGAUGAUGGAGAGCUGUUUGCCAGUAUGGUUCAUAUUUUAAUGGGAUCCUGCUAUAAAACAAAGAAGUUCCUGCUUUCACUGGCUGAAAAUAAAUUAGGACCUUGCAUGCUACUGGCCUUGAGGGGUAACCAGACAAUGGUAAAGCAAAGAAAAGGUGGUCCCACAAGGUUAACACUGCCAUCCAAGUCCACAGAUGCAGACCUGGCCUGCUUGCUAAGCUCAGGAUCUUUUGGAAAUUUGGAAAACCUCAGCCUAGCCUUUACCAAUGUGACAAGUGCUUGUGCUGAGCAGCUCAUUAAACUGCCUUCACUCAAGCAGCUGAACCUGUGGUCAACUCAGUUUGGAGAUGCAGGGCUGCGGCUUCUCUCUGAACACCUCACGAUGCUGCAAGUGCUCAACCUCUGUGAGACUCCUGUCACGGAUGCUGGGCUGCUGGCACUUAGUUCCUUGAAGAGCCUGUGUAGUUUAAAUAUGAACAGCACCAAACUUUCAGCAGAUGCCUACGAAGAUCUCAAGGCAAAACUACCCAAUCUGAAAGAAGUGGAUGUCCGCUACACCGAAGCAUGGUGAACUCUCCCUGCCUCUGACUCUUCUCUUUUGCUUCUCAUGGGAAGAAAAAGAUUUUUAAGACAAACAGAGAAAAACAAACCGGAAAAUAACUUUUGGCUAAUCCCUGUAGAGCAGUGAAUCCUGGGACUUGGUGGCAGGAGUCAUGGUUGUGAGGGAGAGGAGUGCUGGUAUGUGUGUCGGGGGGGAUGGGACAAGCCUGAACCCUGCUGUAUUCUUUCAGCUUUGUGAUUUCAGAAUCCACAUAAUUUAUAUUGGAAAGAAAAAAAAAAAAAAGACUUUGCAGCAGCAAGAGGAUUAUAAAGAGGAAAAAAACACCUUUGAAUUUUAUUUGCCUUUUUGUUUUAUGCCAUGUGGAGAAAAAAAAAAAGAAUAAUUCAUUUGUCAUUAUUUCCCUGGUUUUCCUUGGCUGGCACCCAGCCAGUCAAAACUCCUCCGUCACCAGUUUUGCUCUGGAAAAUUCAACUUACAGAAAUCUCAAGAGAAAAAAACAAAACCAAUAUGAUUUUCACUUUCCCCUGUAUCCUUGCAGUUGUUAUGCAAAGUAAUUUUGUUGUACAUAAGAUUUACAUAAUGCACCUAUUUAAGAAAAUGGUUCACAGGUCUGUGACCUGUCUUCUAUUUAUGAAUUGUUAUUUCUUUUACCCAUUUUUUCAUAUAGUACUGUAUGAACUACUUUGCUGUCUUAUUUUAUAUUUUUUUAAACAAAUUGUCCUCCUUGAAGAAUUGUCUCUCAAUAACACAUACUGUAUUAUACACCCUUUCUGUCAUGACAUUCAUCGCAUUGUCUUUUUGAUUUCAAAAUGCCUCAACUGUUAUCAAAUAGGAAGGAAAAUAUCUCUCAAGGGGUAUGGUUGUUAGGGGAGGGGUGCAGGGAUUAAUAAAAGUCACAUUUCCUUCUGAAGCCUGAAAGCUUUCUUUAGUCUUUUAAACCUUGUCAGGUUUAAACAUGGGAGAUAGGGGCAAGAUGCUGUUUACUUUGCCAAUGGGGUAUUCACCUAACUCUGUAGAUUUUAAGAGUUGCCUCUGCUGUUUUCUGUUUAUGUCCAACAUUUCAGAAAGAGAAAAAAAUGCUCUCUCUCCAUAUUGUGCAUCAGCUUAUUCUGUUCCCCUCCCUGUUCUGUGCAUGCAUUGUUCUGCACAUUUGUCUGGGGAGACUGAAGAAAUAGCGUUGUUGCUUAUCCAAUAGCUCUGACGUGUCUGUAAAUGUGACUGCUAUAUUUUUCAAAUUCCACAAUUGCUUAGAAGAUGAUUUUUUUAAUAAUUGUGGUUUCUUUUAUAUCUACUCUGUUGACUUUUUUUUCAUAAUGAGCCUUCAU